AUGUCGACUGAUGCAGUGGAGAAGGCGGAGCGCAAGAGGCUGAAGAAGGAGAAGAAGGCUGCUGCGGCUGCCGCUGCCGCCGCCACUGGGGCAGGCCCCAAGGUGGCGGCCUGGCGCGAGGCACGGGCAAUCGUGGUGGAGGGCUGCUCCCUGCGCCCCAUCACCGCCUUUGCCCAGACCGGGCUGUCGUCCACCCAGCUGCACGCCGUGCGUGCUUUCUCGGCGCCCUCCCCCAUCCAGGCCCAGUGCCUGCCUAUCGCACUGUCUGGGCGCGACGCUGUCGGCAUCGCCGCCACGGGGUCGGGCAAAACCUUAGCCUUUGGAUUGCCAGCCCUGGCCCACAUUGCCGCCCAGAUCGGGGCGGGCGUGGUGACGGGGAAGAAGCCCAUCGCCCUGGUCAUCGCCCCCACCCGUGAGCUUGCCAUCCAGAUCAGCGUGGUGCUGGAGGAGGCGGGACAGCCCUGCGGCAUCAGCUCCGUGUGUGUGUACGGCGGAGUGAGCAAGCGCGACCAGGUGACUGCUCUGCGCAAGGGCGCUCAGAUCGUGGUGGCCACUCCUGGGCGCCUGGAGGACCUGAUCCAGGACAAUGCCUGCAGGCUGGACGACGUCAGCUAUCUAGUGCUGGACGAGGCGGAUCGCAUGCUGGAUCUUGGUUUCGAGCCCCACAUCCGCGCCAUCGCCUCCAAGACACGGGCAGACCGCCAGACCCUCAUGUUUUCGGCCACUUGGCCCAACGUCAUCCGUAAGCUGGCGUCGGAGUUCCUGUCCAAUCCGGCCCGCGUCAUCAUCGGCUCCCAGGACCUCGCUGCCUCUCACUCUGUCAAGCAGAUCGUGGAGGUGAUCGACGCCCCCGCCCGGGACGCGCGCCUGCAUGCCCUGCUGCAGCAGUACCACGGUUCCCGCACCAACCGCGUGAUCGUGUUUGUGCUGUACAAAAAGGAGGCCACCCGCGUGGAGUCCCUGCUCCAGCGAAAGGGCUGGAAGGCGGCGGCCGUGCACGGCGACAUCUCCCAGGCCCAGCGCUCUGCUGCCGUGGACGCCUUCAAGGCCGGGACGGUGCCGGUGCUGGUGGCCACCGACGUCGCGGCGCGCGGGCUGGACAUCCCGGACGUCGAGGUGGUGAUCAACUACUCGUUCCCCCUGACCACGGAGGACUACGUGCACCGCAUCGGGCGAACGGGGCGGGCCGGCAAGAAGGGCCUGGCGCACACCAUGUUUGUGGGGGCCAACGACAAGCCACGGGCGGGGGAGCUGAUCAACGUGCUGAACGAGGCAAAGCAGGAGGUCCCUGCCAGCCUGUUCCAGUUCGGGACCUCGGUGAAGAAGAAGGAGAGCAAGAUGUACGGGGCGCACUUCAAGGACGUGGACCUCACAAAGAAGGCCAGCAAGAUCUCCUUUGACAGCGACGACGAGUGA